AUGCUUACUGAUUCAUCAUUAUUUUACAGUUUCAGCAAGCAAACUGCUGUAAAAGUACAAUUGGUAUUUUUGGAUAUUAAAAUUGGUGCUGAUAAACCCAAGAGAGUCAUUAUUAAAUUGUUUUAUGAUGAAAUGCCUAAGACUUGUGAAAAUUUUAGAGCAUUAUGCACAGGAGAAAAAUCCAACCCAUGUAUGAUAUUAGGUAUCUAGACAAGAUGUGAAAUUAAAUUUUAGAGAUGUUCCAUUUCACAAGGUUUAUAGCAACUUCAUGGCACUUGGUGGAGAUAUCUUGAAUAAAGAUGGCACAGGGCAAUGCAGUAUUUAUGGACCAACUUUCAAGGCUGAACCCAUUAGAUUCAAACAUGAUUAAAGAGGACUUGUUUCAAUGUUUAACGAUGGAAAUGGCAAUAUAGGGUCUUAAUUCUUUUUUACUUUUACAGAUUGUUCAUGGGUUGAUGGAUUGCAUACAGUUUUCGGAAAGAUAGUUGAAGAUUACAGUAUAUUAGACGAAUUAGAAAAAAGUGACAUUAAAUUUAUAUAAACUAGUCUCCUCAACAAAUGGAGCUCCAAAGAAAUUAGUACGUAUUGUGGAUUCAGGUGUAAUAAUGUGA